GGGGCUUAGUGCAGAGGAAAAAAAAGGGGAGUGAGAAAACAGGGAGAGAUGUGUGCUGUGAAUUAGAGGCAGGGUGGGGACACACUUUUUACACAUUCACCAGCAGCUGCUGCGCCGAGGAUUAACGCACUUUCAGUUUUCCAAGGGUCACAAUGUUGGUGCUGGCAGGGAUCGUCGUUUUGCACAUCACCACCAUCAUCCUGCUCCUGGUGGCCACCAUUGAUAAUGCCUGGUGGGUCACUGAAACUGCGACCACAGACCUUUGGGGCAGGUGGGACUUGAAAAACCUAGCCUGGCAUUACAGCGAGCUGCAGAAAUACACCGAAGUCCAAUCAGACUUCCUCCAGUCGGUGCAGGCCACCUCGGUGCUGGCCUGCGUCUUCACCAUCCUGGCCCUGUUUGUGUUUGUGGCCCAGCUGUUUACCCUGCCCAAAGGCCAGAGGUUCAUCUUCACCGGCGUGUUACAGCUAAUCGCCUGCCUCUGCAUAAUGACUGGAGCCUCCAUCUACACAGCACAGCUUCACACUGCUGACAAAGGACAGUACGGGCACAGCUACAUCCUGGCGUGGAUCUCCUUCGUCCUCACUGGCUUUCUCACCAUCACCUACGUCGUCCUGCGGAAGAGGAGCGAGUGAACCGGCGACGAGGAGGAGGGUGGGGCCCGGGUCCAUGUUCCUCUGCAGCAGCUCGGGAGGCGGACGCGUCCUCCCAGUUGUCUCAAGACUUGUCAGCUUCGUCCGCAGCUAGGAACAUGUUGGAAUGCUAACGAGCCAAAACUUUGUUUUGAUUUUAACAAAUUUGAGUUGGAGAGUGGGACUGUGUCGGGUAGGAUGAGGAACGUGUAACCUUAACAGAACUAAUUAAUCAUUAAUAUCUACUUGUAGGUGUGGAAGCGGAGUCCAGAUAUGCUCAGUAUUUUAAAGGAAUAGUUUGUGUGAAAUGUUCUUGCUUGUUGUUUUUCUGAGUGCCGACAGGAUUCCCACCGGGCUGUCUGACCCGCCGCUGUUCGGCUCAGCUUAACUCAAAAGUUAAGGGGUACAGUUCCAGUCAGAAGUACGCCUGCAUUCCUCAUCGGCAUGCGUUUAAUAUUCUUUUUGUCGCGCUGAAUUCAUUUUCUAAGCUACUACCCUUUUGUCAUAAUGGUUUUUCAAAACAAAAACUGGGAUUUAUUGGGAAUUUUCUCCAAUCCAGCUGGUACCUGCGGGCUCAGAUGUCUACCUGCAGACUAAUAUUUGGUCAAAUGUCAGCAUGUUGCAGAGAAACCAAGCUCUAGUUGUCGCCAUAAACAAGCUCCCAGCACAACUCCCGGCUGGAUAUUUCACCACCACUCUUCUCAGAAUUGGUGAUUCUGGUUGAAGCCUCAUGUCAGCCUGGGGAGCAUCGUCCUGUCGGGACGCCCCGCUGUGUCCGAGUAUCAACCGUCCAGCUGCUGACUGGAGAUAAAAGGUAUAAAGAUAGACGUGGUUCAUUAUUUCAUCACAUCUGAGAGAUGCGCCGGUACCACCGGGACCAAAAUAAACCCCACAGCAGAACAGGAUCCAGUCUUUUGUCUUCUCGGAUCAUAAAACCUUUCUCCAGUGGACAUCUGGCUUGUCCAUGUAGGCAGCUGCAACAUUCUGCUGAGCUUCAGGAUUAAAGGGAAGGUGCUUCUUCCUUCCACAGCGCCCCCCUCAGUCCACGGCGAAGUAACAUUCCCUCUGGACAGUGACACAGAUGUUUUAGUCUCCAGGUCGUCAUAAACCUGGGCCUUAGCGGUUCCUGGACUGCACCUGAAUGUCCUAACCUGUUUAUUCGAUGGUGGACACUUAAGACUGGAGACGGCGUUCCGACAGGACAACGAUCACCAGCUUAGACAAAAACCAGUUGUGGAACGGCCCCCAACAUUAGCCCGGUCGACAAUCUGUGGUCUACGCUUAAAGGGAGGCUUCCUGCCUGAAAACGAACCCAUUUAGAUGAACUCCACCACUUUGGUAGGACGAGCCUUAAAACAACGAGCCAGAAUUAUACCAAAAGCCUCCCGACAGAAAUCUAUCCUGAACUUAAUGAGGGUGGAUGUUUUUGUUACCCUGUAUGGAUUGGAGAAAAAAAAAAAAAUUCAAACAUGCGCAUCUAAUGGUCAUCUUUUAAAAAUCCCUGAAGUUGUUUGCUGCAUCAUUCCACCCUGAAGCUCACGCUCCUGACGGGUAGAUCUACCUUUAAGCCCAAAAACCACCCUCAGAGCAAACUUUGAGCGGACGGUUCUGAUGAGUGCCUUCAGAAGACGCUCCUGUGAGAUACUGUAUUUGACGAGCCGAGAUGAAAUGGUUGGUGUGAGGCUGAUGGUUACUACUGCCCUGUAUCUGAGAGGGUACAGCCGGUCGCCUUAGCAGCAAAUACUGAUGAACACAGUCUUACUUCACAGGACAUUUAUUCAUUUCUCCUUACUUUACGAGUGCGGCAUAUACCUUCUACGUCUAUGUACAAUGUAACCAACUCUAUUUUUGUAGCAUUUUGUAUCGAGUGUACUUUUUGAAGCUAUAUGUUUGGUUUUCUGUCCGUAUUCAGCUGCUAUCUUACGUAAAGUACGUUUGUACAAGUGAACCUUAAAACAAUCCAGGGACGAAAGGGUGGAGGCGUUACAUUUCUACCAUUUAACAGAACUAUGCAUUAGACUAUGUGUGUGUGUGUGUGUACAUUGGAAUCUAAGCCAUGUCUUUUACUAAUAAAGCCAAUUCAAACACA